UUCUGAUCCAAGAGGCUUGGCUUUGCCCUCUCUGCCUUAUCUUUUUUUUUUUUACUUUGCUUGGGCUGUAUCUGAGUCACAGGUGACAUGUCGCUUUACACGGUAACAAAUAGUUUGGGGAUGUGAACACAAUGAGUGUAAACCAGCAAACUCACACAGGGCCACCUUAUGGGCAGCCGCAAACUGGAUAUACAGGGUACCUGCAGACUUACGGAGGGCAGCAGUUCCCAGGGGUUCCUGCCUCUCAGUAUGGUGCUUACAACGGCCCUGUAACAGGAUAUCCGCAGACUGGCCCCCCACAAGGUUACUUUCCCUCACUGGGGUUUCCUUCUAAGGGCUCUCCAGUGUCUCUCGAUUCUGAUGCUUCUUUUGCUCCUAACUUCAUAGGUUCCCUAAGAGCACCCACCACCUCUGGAGCAUCGGCAUCUGGAACAGUGGCCGCUCCCGGACAGCCUCUCUAUAGUCAGUUUGGACAGGGAGAUGUGCGCAAUGGGAUUCCUGCUGCGACAGCUCCAUUGCUAAGGCAUUCUCAGCAGCUCAUCCCUGGUGCAGCAUCUGCUCCCGUUAGCCAGCCAGCUACUUUCCAGCAAUAUGGGCCGCCUCCCACGAGUGCACAGCAGCUGGCCAGUCACAUGGCAGGAAUGCAGAUCGGCAGCGUUUCCACCUCUGCGCCUCCCCCAGCUGGCCUGGGCUACGGUCCUCCAACAUCAGUUCCACAUGCCUCAGGAAGUUUCGCUGCAACUGGAGCUGGGCAAUAUGUGUCAUACCCAAGCCAAGGACCACCGCCUGCUAACAUCCCGCAUGGAUUGCCUCCCACCAGCUUGUCUCAGGGUCUUCCCGUAACACAGCCUGCUAUUUCUGGCCCUCCCUCGGCCGUGCACCUCCCACCUCAAGCUCCAGGGUUUGCCCCACCACCACCUCCUCCUGGGGUCGGAACUUCUGGCUACCCUCCUGUGGCAGGCGUCUCGAGGCCUCCGGUAGUGCAGGGUGCGCCAUUACCUGGACAAGCAGUUGCUGGGCUGGGUGCUUCCCAGCCAAAUCAUGUGACUUCACCGCCACCUCAGCCACUGAUGGCCGGGCCGCCUCCUGGACCACCCAUCGCAGGCUUGCAAGGACCGCCUUCCGCCCAGCCUUCCCAGCCAGGAUAUGCGCCGCAACAGAAUGGGUCCUUUGGACAAAGUAGAGGCAAUCAGCCGAACUAUGGUGCAGCUUACGCUGGGCCAGCAAGCUAUGGGAGUCAGCCUGGCCCGCCACCGCCACCGAAACGUCUCGACCCAGAUGCCAUUCCAAGCCCCCAACUAAAUGAGCUGCCACCUCAGCAGAAACCCAGACACAGAAUAGAUCCAGAUGCAAUUCCUAGUCCAAUCCAGGUAAUUGAAGAUGACAGGAACAAUCAUGGGUCGGAGCCAUUUGUCACGGGAGUCCGUGGGCAAGUCCCGCCCCUUGUCACUACCAAUUUCUUGGUCAAAGAUCAAGGUAAUGCAAGCCCCCGCUACAUAAGGUGUACCUCCUAUAACAUCCCCUGCACUUCAGAGAUGGCUAAGCAGUCUCAAGUUCCUCUUGCCGCAGUCAUAAAGCCGUUGGCUGUGCUUCCCGCGGAAGAGACUCCUCCUCAUUUGGUAGACCAUGGCGAGUCGGGCCCAAUCCGGUGCAAUAGGUGCAAGGCCUAUAUGUGCCCAUUUAUGCAAUUCAUUGAGGGCGGAAGAAGAUUCCAGUGCUGCUUCUGCAGUUGCGUCACGGAGGUGCCAUCCCACUACUUCCAGCAUCUGGAUCACACUGGCAGGCGAGUGGACUACUAUGACCGGCCUGAGCUCUCCUUAGGCACCUAUGAGUUCCUGGCCACUGCGGACUACUGCAAGAAUAACAAGUACCCCAACCCGCCUGCUUUUAUUUUCAUGAUCGAUGUAUCCUAUAAUGCGGUAAGAAGUGGCCUGGUAAAACUGAUUUGUGAAGAGCUGAAGAUUCUCCUGGACUACCUGCCCAGAAAUGGGGGCAUGGAGGAAUCCGCCAUCCGCGUGGGCUUUGUCACCUACAACAAAGUUUUGCACUUCUACAAUGUGAAAAGCGCCCUGGCGCAGCCGCAGAUGAUGGUCGUGUCUGACGUAGCAGACAUGUUUGUGCCUCUGCUUGAGGGCUUCCUGGUAAACAUCAAUGAGUCUCGCACGGUUUUCACCAGCUUGCUGGACCAGAUCCCUGAAAUCUUUGCUGAUACAAGAGAAACCGAAACUGUGUUUGCUCCAGUGAUUCAGGCUGGUGUGGAAGCUUUAAAGGCCGCAGAGUGCGCUGGUAAGCUCUUUAUAUUCCAUACAUCGCUGCCUAUUGCAGAGGCCCCAGGGAAGCUGAAGAACCGAGAUGACAGGAAGCUGAUAAACACGGAUAAAGAGAAGACCCUGUUUCAGCCUCAGACCAGCUUCUACAACAACUUAGCCAAGGAGUGUGUAACGCAAGGCUGCUGUGUGGAUCUGUUUCUGUUUCCAAACCAGUAUGUGGAUGUGGCCACCCUGGGAGUUGUCCCUUAUCAGACAGGUGGCUCCCUUUAUAAGUACACCUGUUUCCAGGGGGAAGCAGAUCAGGAGCGCUUCUUGAACGACCUGCGGAGAGAUGUUCAGAAAGAGGUGGGCUUCGAUGCUGUGAUGAGAGUGCGCACGAGCACCGGGAUUCGGGCCACGGAGUUCUUUGGCGCGUUCUACAUGAGCAACACCACAGACGUGGAACUGGCCGGCUUAGACUGUGACAAAACGAUCACGGUGGAAUUCAAGCACGAUGACAAGCUGAGUGAAGACAGUGGCGCGCUUAUUCAGUGUGCUGUAUUGUAUACCAGCUGUGCGGGACAGAGGCGAUUGCGUGUUCAUAACCUCUCCUUGAACUGCUGCACACAACUGGCUGAUCUUUACCGGAACUGUGAGACGGACACGCUGAUUAACUACUUGGCCAAAUUUGCAUAUCGCGAAGUGCUGAACAAUCCAGUCAAGACAGUGAGAGAUACGCUGAUCAGCCAGUGUGCCCAGAUCUUGGCAUGCUAUCGGAAAAACUGUGCCAGCCCCUCCUCUGCGGGACAGCUGAUUCUCCCUGAAUGCAUGAAACUGCUGCCCGUCUACCUGAACUGUGUCUUGAAAAGCGAUGUGCUGCAGCCCGGGUCCGAGCUCACCACUGACGACCGCUCGUACCUCCGCCAGCUGGUCACCUCCAUGGAUGUGGCGGAAACCAAUGUUUUCUUUUACCCCAGGCUCAUUCUGCUGACCAAAGUAGAUCUCAAUAGUGACUCCUUACCAACAGCGAUCAGAAACUCAGAGGAACGUCUCUCCAAGGGUGACAUGUACCUGCUGGAAAAUGGGCUGAAUAUAUUUUUGUGGGUAGGAGUAAAUGUUCAGCAGGGGCUGAUCCAAAGCCUCUUCGGAGUCUCAUCGUUCAGCCAGAUCAGCAGCUCUUUGUGCGUGCUACCAAUUUUGGACAAUCCCUUUUCAAAGAGGGUACGAUCCAUCAUUGAUAUGUUCCAGUCUCAAAGAUCACGCUACAUGAAGCUUAUGAUUGUGAAACAGGAAGACAAGCUAGAUCUGCUGUUCAAACAUUUUUUGGUGGAAGACAAGAGCAUGAAUGGAGGGGCUUCGUAUGUGGACUUCCUCUGUCACAUGCAUAAGGAGAUUCGCCAGUUGCUGAGCUAGGCCUGGAGUUCUGCUGGAUCCCAGCACUGACACUUCUGUGUUUGCUACCCACCUGAUGAACGGGCCCAGCUCCUUCCAGAGGACACUAGCGAAACCUGUACAAUUCCAUAAUUUUUAAUACACUGCGCAUCAACAGUCCCACCACCUCCAGAACCCUUUGCGAGAGUGAGAAAGGUCAGACAGACUUGCAGUGUGUGCAGACGCAUUAGUUGGUUCCAGGCCCAAGACCCGUGUCUCUUACUGUGCUUGGUGGGACGCUCCACGCCUGCCUGUCCCCAGCUGUCCUGUUGUAAGAAAUGUCUUGAAUUCACUGUACAUGAUUUGGCACUGGAUGAAAAAGUGAUUGCUCUUCAAAACUGGUGGCUGCUGUAUUUGUGCGUGUGAACCAGAUGGGGAACGGUAGGUGGGCAGGCCCUGCACAGUCGUGGGGGAGAGGCUGGACAAGGCGGCCGGCGUUGUCACACUGCCGCAGGCGUUGGUGCGGUCGGAGCCACGUCUUGUCGCAGAAUCCCUCGAGCUCUGAGCAGACUAGUGAGUAGUUGCAUUACCGUGGAAAUCUCCGCCGGAAUAGGUCAGCGACAAGCAGCAGAUCCUGUGUCUGAACGCACAAACCUUGCCUUGGGUUUGUAUGAACAAGUGUUGCCACCACCCCAUGGGAAAAGAAGCUCCCUCUCUCACUACCAACACCCUCUUGCUUGGUGUGCGUCGCCUCUUUCCACUCACUCGCUCUGCUAGGUUUUGCUCCAAGUAUCCUUUUAGAGAUGUGUGUGCUUUUCCCCUUAGGAAGUACUAUUUUAUAACAAGGUGUCACAAGUGACAUAGGACUAUGCUUGGAGAUUGUCUGAACUGCACCCAAGAAGCGCCACGUGGAAGUAAUUCAUAUCCAUAAGAAAGGUCCAAAUUACACCAUUGUGUAAGCUCGGACCCUUGCUAGGCUUGAAGAACACCAGCCACUUGGAGAACAACUGCAGCACUCAGAUGGUUGUAAGCCAGAUGGUUCUCACUGGUCCACCAACAUAGGGGACCCUUGGCAGGCCUUGUGCCUCAGACAAGCCGCCUUUGUUUAUGGCUGCCUUCUACAGGGGUGUAGGUGAUUGGUUUGAGAUUAAGGGCUCGCUAAUUCUUCAAAAGAAAACAAAUUAUUUUUUAAAAAAAUACCCUGAAGUAUUCUUGCAGUUCCCAGGAUAUACUGAAGGAACAGCAGCACUGAAAGCUGAAAAAAAAAACAGGGAGGGGAAUUGCGGAGGCAGAUGGUACAUGAAACCUCAUGUACAUAACCAAUUAAAUAAUCCGGGUGUGCCGUUUUCUUUUUCCAUGACCUAUAGUGUGUGUGUGUAAAUAUGUUUUCCUCCUAUUGCAGCUAGUUUGUCUUCCCUCGUUCCCCUUUCAUCUCAGAGCAAAGGGGAGUGUCCAAGAACUAGUGGAUGAGAUCUUGCAGAGCUUUUCACGUGCAGAUGUGGCUGAGAUGCCCCCCACCCCUCCUGCCAAGUACACAUUUGGUUCCCAGCCAAACCGCAGAGACCUAUUACACAAGUGAAGAUACUUGCGCCCUAGAACCAGGCUCAACAAGACUUUCACAAUACUAAUUUCUAGAAUAUGAAAGGAAAAGAAUCAUAAGCAUUUCUUCACUUUUUUCAAUUCAUCUUUUAAUUUGUAAAGAAAUAAUUAUAUGGAGAUGUAUUUUAUGUCAUUGUUAGUAAAUAAAUACUGAUUAUUUUUUCCAAGCCCUGUAUUUUGGGGAGGGGAAUGAACUGGUAUGCAGGUGACUCAAUCAAGUUCCAUAAUAGCAAAUAAAACUUAUUUGCAAUGCUA